GCCGCGCUGGCGCCGCGAGCUGAGAUCGGGGCCCUCCUCUCCGGCGGCCAGGGCAUGCCGUCGAUGUCUCCAGGAGACUUUGGAGCCACCGACUCACCGCACGGUGCGGCCACCACCCCUUUUGGGGGGCCCCCGAGAGAAGGAAGGACGCCAGCGGGCGCCCGAAGCUCACCGCGGCAGACGGGGGCAUGGGCAGGGGCCGCCGGGGCCAGGCCGCCAGCGCACGGCGGGGCGCUCGCCCGCUGCGGCUCCGGGAGGCCAGCGCCGCCGGCCCGCCAGGGCGAGAAGCAGCGGAGAGGGCGGCACGCCACUGCUACGGGCAGCGGGCGGCGGGG